AUGCGCUCUUCAGCACUCGUCUGCGCCCUGCUGGCUGUGAGUCCAAGCCUUGCUCAAGUGUAUGGGAGUCUCGGCUUCGCUCUUGGUGCGAAGAAGCCGGAUGGGCAGUGCAAGUAUCAAGCAGACUACGAGGCAGAUUUCAGAGCCAUCCGUGAGGCAUCGGGAAGCGGCAUUGUGCGUAUUUACGCUGCCGACCAAUGCAACACGGCCCAGCAGAUCUUGCCAGCCGCAAAGAAGGAAGGCUUUCUAGUCAUCCUCGGUGUGUGGCCGGACACGGAGGAGUCCUACGCCGCCGACAAGGCCGCCAUCCUCCGGUAUGCGCCUGAAUUCAAGAACCAAGUCUACGCCGUCACGGUCGGCUCCGAGUCCAUGUACCGGGGCAAUUUGACCGGCGACCAGCUUGCUGCAAAGAUCAAGGACAUGAAGAAAGCCGUGCCCGAUUUUCGCGUCGGCACGGCAGACAGCUGGAACAAGUACCAGGACGGCACCGCCGACGCAGUCAUCAAGCAGGCCGACAUCCUUCUCGCCAACGCCUUUUCGUACUGGCAAGGACAAACGCGUGACAACGCAACGGCAUCCUUCUUCGAUUCCAUCAUGCAGGCUUUCGGUCAUAUCCAGCGCGUCAGCGGCACAGGCUGGCCCAGCGAAGGUGCAAAGUACCAGAAAGCCGAACCAGGACACGACAACGCUGAGGCCUUCUACCUCGGUGGUGUCUGCGGGAUGGUUCGCUGGGGAUUCAAUGUCUUCUUCUUCGAGGCGUUCGAUGAGCCCUGGAAGCCACAUGCCAUUGGCGAGGACGGCAGCGAAGCGCCCGAGGUGCACUGGGGCGGGAUGAAGGCCGAUCGCAGCGCCAAGUAUUCUCUCCGGUGUUGA